AUGCCCAAGAAGGAUGAUGAUGCCAAAAAGCCAGCAUCGGAGACGGUGCCAGACCAGCACUGGAAACUACAAGUCUUCUACCUCUGCUUCUAUGGCUUCAUGACGCAGAUCCGUCCCGGGGAGAGCUUCAUCACCCCAUAUCUCCUGGGGGCUGACAAGAACUUCACACAGGCAGAGGUGACCAACGUGAUCAUGCCGGUGCUGACCUACUCCUACAUGGCUGUGCUGGUGCCCAUCUUCCUGCUGCCGGGCUACCUGGCUCACAGCCAGUGCUGGUGCUGCUACAAGCCAGUGCUGGUGCUGCAGAGCCUGAGCCACGUCUCCAUCUGGCUGCUGCUGGUGUUGGGCACCUCCAUCUUGGCCAUGCAGCUGAUGGAGUUCUUCUAUGGGAUCACCAUGGCUGCCCGCAUCGCCUACUCCUCCUACAUCUUCUCCCUCGUCGCCCCGUCCCGCUACCAGCGUAUGGCCAGCUACUCCCGCUCCUCUGUCCUCCUGGGCGUCUUCACCAGCUCAGUGCUGGGCCAGCUCUGUGUCACCUUUGGUGACGUCUCCUUCCUCACUCUCAACUAUGUCUCAUUAGGCUUCGUCAGCUUCGGCCUUGUCCUCACCCUCUUCCUUGAGCGGCCCCGGCGCAGCCUCUUCUUCAACCGGCCCAAGGAGGCUGGGGAUGGGUCUGCACCUGCUGAGCUGGACAACAUGGCCGGGGGGGAUGGUGGCGGGGGGAAGCAGGGCUGGCGGGAGGCAGCUCUGUGCCGUAUGCUGCGGGAAGUGGGAACGCUGGCCAGGCAACCCCAGCUCCAGCUCUGGUCCUUGUGGUGGAUCUUCAACUCAGCCGGUUACUACCUGAUGCUGUACUACGUGCAGAUCCUCUGGAAUGAGAUCUACCCCGCCACAGACAACCGCCAGGUGUACAAUGGAGGGGUGGAUGCUGCCUCCACGCUGCUGGGGGCUGGCGCCUCCUUCGCUGCUGGCUAUGUAAAGAUCCGCUGGACGCUGUGGUCAGAGCUGGUGAUCGGGGUGGUGACGGCUUUCCAGGCGGGGCUGCUCCUGCUCAUGAACACCACCAGCAACAUCUGGCUGUGCUACACAGCCUAUGUCCUCUUCCGUGGCUCCUACCAGUUCCUGGUGCCCAUUGCCAUUUUCCAGAUUGCUACCUCCCUCUCCAAAGAGCUCUGCGCGCUGGUCUUUGGGGUCAACACCUUCUUUGCCACCGUGCUGAAGACCAUCAUCACCAUUGUCGUGGCUGACAAGAGGGGCUUGGGCUUGUCUGUGCAUCCCCAG